CUACUCUACAAACAUGACAAGCGAAUCUUCAAAUUUUUAAACACUCUGAAGGGCUCGUCACACAAUCGUUCCCUCGUCUGGAAUGCUACGGUUUUGUCCCUACAGUAAAACACCAAUCACUGCUUCAUGCCUCCCUGCAAAGUACCCCGCACGUAUAGAACUUUUCCGAGGCAAAACUUAUGAAUUCAUAAUGAACUUGAAAGAAACCAAAUCGAUUGAUUGAUUGAUCAUGGUCAGUGACCACCACGCCGCCGCACCGGUACAGACACGCCAUUGAAAAGGGUGGGUCUGGGUGAAAUCGCACCUCGCCGCUACCGCUGCGCUGUAGCUGCAGCAGGUAUAGUCAGUCCCGGCGUGAAAAUGCUCGCAUCAAUGCAUCGAUGGGGUGACGGCAGUUAGGGUGGAAAGUCGUGUGUGGGUGGUGUGGAUGACCUCUAGAAGGUGUUGUGGUUUGAUUUUCCGAUUGGCGCCAUGACUGUUUGACAGACUGAUCGUUCCGCACAUUCAUCGGUAUAUAUAGAGUAGAAUGGCGUGGCGGGGUGCAUUAGUAGCAUUUGCAAGUUCUAACCGCAGCAGCACUGUCCAAAAUGUUCCGCACAUCGGUCGUUGUUGUAGCUGUGGCUCUGGUGGGAGCCGCUUUGGCCUACGAACAUCACGGAUUUAUCAGUGAAGUCAAACACAUCCCGUACAAGUGGUAUGGUGGCGAGGGCGGCAUGAUGGGUGGCGGUUUUGGGGGCUCUCAGGGUGGAAUUGGAAUCGGUGGCGGAGAGGAUUACUACAGUUACCCGAAAUACAAGUUCGAGUACGGAGUGAAGGACUACCACACCGGUGACCACAAGAGCCAGUGGGAGAUGCGCGAUGGGGAUGUUGUCAAGGGCGAGUACACUCUGGAUGAGGCUGAUGGAACCAAGCGGAUUGUUGAAUACCACGCCGACAGCAAGAACGGUUUCGAAGCGAAGGUCAAGAACAUUGGACACGCGAUCCACGAGGGAGGCAUGGGUAUGGGCGGUGGAUACGAGGGUGGCUACUACGGCCAUGGUUACAGCUACAGCAAACUGAAGAAGUUCAAUUGAUUUCUUGAAUCUGUUUCAAAUUUUCAAUUUCCGACCUGGCUAAUGCUUUUGUAUGUAUAAUUUCCCACCCCCAACCGAGCUGUGAUCUGUGCUUAACAUGUGCGCUAUUCCUCAAUAAAAAGAUUUACAAUUGAU